GCCUCCACUGCCUCUUCUUCCUUCUUUCCUUCUCCCUCUCGCCGUCCUCCCUGACCCGACCCUCCUCCACUUCCACCGAGGCGGGGAGCCUCUAUAAAGAGGCAGGAGCGACGAAUCUGAUCGUCUGGUAAGGAAGGGAUCGUGUGGGAGGAAGGAGGGGAGAGUCGCGGCCACCCGCCGCGGGAUGAAGUUCGGGAAGGAUUUCCGGAACCACCUGGAGGAGACGCUGCCGGCGUGGAGGGACAAGUACCUCGCCUACAAGGCCCUCAAGAAGCUCAUCAAGAACCUGGUGCCACCACAUCCCGCGGCGGCCCCUCCUCUUCCUCCUCCUCCCCCCGCCCCCGCCCCCGCCGCUGCUGAGGGGCCGGGGGCGGGGGCUGUGGCCGCCGCGCAGGGGAACGUCGACCUGGGCAACUGGUUCGCCAGAAUCCUCGAUGCGGAGCUGCACAAGCUCAACGAGUUCUACAUCGAGAGGGAGGAGUGGUACGUCAUCCGCCUCCAGGUGCUCAAGGAGAGGAUUGAGCGUGUCAAAGCUAAGAAGAAUGAUGCUUUUACAUCCAGGAGUGAAUUUACUGAAGAAAUGUUAGAGAUACGCAAGGAUUUUGUGAUCAUACAUGGUGAAAUGAUUCUUCUGCAGACCUACAGCUCCCUGAAUUUUGCUGGACUAGUGAAGAUACUGAAGAAGUAUGACAAGAGAACAGGCGGCGUGCUUAGCUUGCCUUUCACUCAGCGUGUCCGUCACCAGCCUUUUUUCACCACCGAACCUUUGACAAGGCUUGUUCGAGAAUGCGAGGCUAAUCUUGAACUUCUUUUCCCGGUUGAAGCAGAAGUUCUUGAGCCUAGUUCAUCCUCAAAUCUGGAACCACAUGAUGUGGCUAGGUGUGACCCAACAUCAUCCCGCGAUGUGGAAACCGUCGAUGUUUACCGAAGCACACUCGCAGCUAUGAAGGCAAUACAGGGCCUUCGGAAAGCCAGCUCUACUUACAACCCACUGUCUCUGUCUAGGUUCUUCCAUGGCGAGGACGGCGAAGCCUGCUCUGGUGCCAUCACUUCUGAGAGUUCACUGUCAGAUUCCUCAACAGACUCCCAGAUUCAGGAUGCUGGAAAGGAUGAUAAAGAGGUGCAAUCAAAUUCGAGGGAGCAAAAUGCUGCCCAAGGGGGACAGAAUUGCAGAAGGCCGACUGAUGAAUAAAUAGUUUUUUUUGUUUUCACACGUUGCUCAAUAAGACAAUAACCAUUGAUAAGUGUACAUGCUAAUAAUCUUGAUGUUUAACCCUCUUUUGAAGUGACACAUACGCGAAGGAUUUCCUAAUGGUGCAGUUUCAUUUUCUUUUUUUUUCUUAAUAAUAGAGAGUAAUGGGAUGUUGGAUUUA